AUGACACAUAUCUUGGCUGCAUGGAACAAAGACCAUCCAAAUCAUGACUUCUUGGAAGCUCUUGUGCCUCUCCGAAUCACCCACCAACACGCAUUACUAUCUGAUUUGAUGAUGGCUGCGGCAAGAAAGACUAAUCGCACUCUAACCCGUCUGGAAUACCGCGCUGAAGCCGGGAUUAUACUUACACCGGGCGAAAUUCUGACAGCACACAGUUACCUUCAGUCUGUCUACAGCGCAUAUCUCGACUUCACUUUCUCGAUGGGCUGUAGCCCAAUCAACUUUCCUGAUUACCGCUAA